CGUAAUUUCGUGAGACAAAUAUCUAGAACAUUUUGAAUGUUGUUUUUUUUAAUGACUUCAAACGCUUUCCAUUUUGCGGUUGUAUUUUGAUAUUGCGCAUUUGUCUUCUAUAGCUCUCUCAAAAGAUCAAGUGUUGAAUGUGGCUGUUUAAUCAAUGCGCAACUUUCUCUCUGCAGAAAAUGACGUCAACGCAUUUCAUUUUGUUGAGUUAAUUGGUCUUUGAUUUCUCUCUCAAAAGAUCAAGGGUUGGACCGCGACGUUCUGGCGCAUUGGACAAAAUAAUUGAAAUUUUCUUACGUUUCCUAGGUAUAAUUCGAGAACUUUAAGUGUUGAUCCGUGACUUGAUCAUGCGCAAUAAAACUGUCGUGCGUUUCGUAUGAAUGAUUUAAGUACACUUGAGUAGUUGUGUGAGUCCCACCAAGUCACACAAUAGAAGAUAACGAGAUGGACACAGAACAAAGCUCUCUGGAGGAUUGCAAAAACUAUUUGAGUUCCUCGCUCCAUCUGUCAAAGAUUCAAAACAGCAGUUCAGUGUCAAAUCUAAGCUCAGUCUAACUCCUCGAAGACGCUUCGACUAAAACUACCCUCAUCAAAGUUGAUUUGCGAUGUGAUUUCUGAUUAGUUUCAGACAGGACUUCGAUGUGUUUGCUCUGUUCAACACAAGUCUUUAUUACUUCAGAUGAAGGUUUUUCAUCCGUACAGCUGAACAAGUCUAACGGUUGCAUAGUUUGAAUGUUUUAUAGUUACCCAAUGAUGAGUUCAAGUUCAAUCAGAACAAACAUCAAGAAAAAGACGAAUUAUGUGUCAGACUCGGAGAGAUCAAAGCGCCUAAACGCCAAUUUGAUUGAAAGAAGACGCAUGCAGAACAUCAAUUCUGGUUUCGCCUCGCUGAAGAAGCUUCUCCCGCCGUCAGAUCGUAAGCAAACAAAAGCAGCUAUUCUUCAGCAGGCAGCCCAGUACAUCCUUCGUCUUCAACGAGCAGUGAUCCAGUUUAAAACCGAGAAUGACACGCUGCGUUCAACUCUAGACACCAAGAACCAGACGUUAGCAUGCGCAAAACAUAGCACCCACACUAGCACACAUCCUCAUGAGGUACCUAAAAGACACUACGAGUCAAAACCAACUCCACAACAAACAAUGGAACAUGACUUGCCGUGGAUGGCCGAACAAACAGCCAAACAGCUCGGCUCAACCAACAUGGACGGGCACAGAAACAUUGCUUACAAAACAACAGUACUGUCUAAACCCAAUCAAUCACAAAUACCUAGCUUUGACAAUAACUGGAGGUCCUUUGAACACGUUAAGAAGUAUGAGCCCACAAUUCCUAAAAACAGCGGCUUCCACAACCAAAUUGAGGUAUAUCCAAAUGCGCAUGCGUUUGAAUGUAGUCCGCUGUCACCACCAAUAAGUCCUGCGCUGAAUGAAAAUAGAGUGGUUACAAGUGUUGGUAGGUCUGGGGGAACAGCAAAGGCGUCACCAACGUUAAGGGCUUCAGCACAGACUAGAGAAUUGAUGGCACAUCAGUCUGUUGAUAUACUACCACAUAGGAUCCAUCCAGUCAAAACACCGAAGAGAAACAUCUUCAACUCGUCUACACAGACCGGGGUUAAACCAGCUCGACACGAAAAACGCGCAAGACCCUCUCACAAGACAGAUAAGGAGAACGUCGAGGGAAGAGAGGCGAAGAGGAGCAAGGAACCGACCAGUGGAGAUCUGCAGUGCAUUGUGGAGGCCAUCAGCAUUAUAGAAAAUACACAAGAUAGAAAAUAUUAAAAACCAUUAAAAAGGAUAACAAUUAAUAAUUAAUCAAAGUUUAUGUAAAUUUAAUGUAAAUUUAUGUUUGAUAAACAUGUAAAUAUUCUUCAUAGCUAUAUAUUUACAUAUAUUACAUAAAUAGAAAAUAUAUAUUGAAAGUUAGUCUAUGGUGUGUCACGUGCAAGGUGGACGGAAAUUAAUUUGAUUGGCUGGCACACAGAUAACAAGAAGAGAGGAGCAGAGUCGAAGGUUAUUAUGGGAUAGCUGGUUCACAGGGGUUUGGCACGUGACUAAGAAUGUUCUACGAUUGAAUAGUUUACAAGACUUGCUGGUCAGGUCGUGUAGUUCUUUCCUUUGUUGACAAUUACUUAUUGUAUUAUAGUGCAUAUUAUGUAUAUGAAAAUAUUUGUUAUUAGAGUGAUAUUUGAGAUCUCUGGAUCAGUCGUAAAGAAAAACUAUAACUUUAUCUAUGAUCCAGGUGGAGUACGUUCCUUCAACCCCACAUCCUAUUGACCGAAUAAUUGUGGUGUGUGUGUAUUUUGACAAGGUUGAGUUAGGAAUCCCCCGCCCUCUCCCCCCUUCCCCACCCCCCACGCCACCACCCAACAGCAACACACCCCUCUAAAAGAAAAUCUUGCACACAUAUUAGUUAAUAUUACAAGCAAGGGGGUCGGGUGUAUAUUGCAUUUUUGCUGCGCGUAGCACUGUAUUUCCUCUUCCAAAAUCUCCUGUUUUCCUAAACGUACAACAAACGCAGCUUAACGCGAAAAGAUAUCCGAUGAUAUUUUCUCAGAUUCAACUUGAUGAAAUUCCAAGGGGAAAAAAGAUGUAAUAGCAUGAGCAAAAGUGUUUGAAUUAGAUAGCUCUCAUGAAAACAAUAUGGAAUAUUCAAGACGAGAAGCUGUGUCAAUAUUUUUAUUAAAAUUAAAAUUAAUGAAA